AUGGGGGCUUUCCAGAACAGCUACAACUACGAGUCGCUUUUGGAAAACUUAAGAGCAACGCAUGACACGAGGAAAAGAAGAUUCGAGGAGAAGAAACAUCUCAUGAGUGAUGAGGAUAAAACCUUUGAGAAGUUCCUGUUUUCACUUGAGGCAGAUGUUCUUGCAAGGAAGGAUAUACCAGAAAAAGAGGUGGUCCAAUUCAACUUCGACGAGCUAAUGAAUGAGAUAAGUGGUGUUGAUGUGCAGGACUACUCUGACCAAACCAGAGAUUUCGAAACGUCGUCGGGCAACGGCUCUGAACGGAAGCACACGUGUACCCAUCCUGGCUGCAAUAAAUCCUAUACCUCCUCACAUGGUCUGAAGUACCAUCUUUUACAUGGGCACAGCAAAGACAAGGAGAAUGUUUAUAAGCCAUUUGUUUGCACAAUCCCAAAGUGUGGAAAGGCCUACAGAAACAGUAAUGGGCUGAAGUAUCACAUGGCGAAUGCACAUUCUAGGAAUGCUAAGCAAUAA